AUGUUUUGUGGUAUUUCUCGCCGAGCAUGGCGAACGUACCUGUCCAGCGCACUCUCCUCGCUGAGUACUACCAUACCGCCAACUAUCAAGCAUCUAUUAUCAUUUCCACCUUCUGUGGAUAGUUUAGUAAAAACGCAGGGCCAUGUAAAGGCUGUUCGGUCGUUUAAAAAUCUUCAUUUUGUGGACCUUUCCGACGGGUCUACGCACUCCACGUUGAAUGUGGUGCUCAAUGGUGACACCAAUAUCAACUUUAAAGUGGGACAAAGCGUUUCGUUUGUAGGAAAAUGGGUAGAGUCCAAAGGCAGUCAGGACUAUGAACUCUUAUACGAUUCUACGGAGAAUGAGCACAAAGCAGCUGUUAUAGGUGAAGUUCCUGAACUGUAUCCCAUCCAGAAAAAGUCACUGUCGUAUCAGUUUCUUCGAACACUUCCUACAUUGAGACAUCGAACAUCAUCAUUGGCAUCAGUUCUUCGACUUCGAUCCUUCUUGGAAGGUCUGUUCCAGCGGUUUUUCGAGCAAAACGACGUUAUAAAGGUCCUGGCACCGCUAAUUACAAGCUCUGACUGCGAAGGAGCGGGCGAACAGUUUAUUGUUGAGGCAAAAGAUUCCAAACCAGAGAAUCCAUUUUUUGGAAAACCAGCGUAUUUGACUGUAUCGACUCAAUUGCACCUUGAGGUUCUUUCUCAGUCAUUGAAUCGGGUGUGGGCAUUGACCCCAUGCUUUCGGGCCGAGGAGUCCCAUACCAACCGUCAUUUAAGUGAGUUCUGGAUGUUGGAAGCAGAAUUAUCGUACAUUGAAUCAGUCCACCAAAUUUGUGAUUUUACCGAGAAUAUGAUCCGCUACGUUACACAGGAUGUGGUCCAGAGUAUUGCGAAUGACUUGGCUCAGUCCCGCUACAAUAAAGACGAACGACAAGCCAUGGAGGCCAACUGGAAGACGAUACUACAGAGCGAGCCUUGGCCCAGAAUCACCUAUACUGAAGCUAUCGAAAUCAUCAAUAAAAUCAAAAACAAAGGACGACUGAAGGGCAGGCUUACGUGGGGAGACUCAAUACAAACAGAGCACGAAAAAUGGCUCGCUGAAACCCAUUUUAAGUCGCCAGUAUUUAUCACUGAUUAUCCGAAAGCUCAGAAACCAUUCUACAUGCCCGAAUCUGAAAACCAAAAUUCUACUGUUGCGUGCUUCGACCUCAUAAUUCCUGGCAUAGGAGAGCUUGUGGGAGGCUCGGUAAGAGAGCACAACUACGAGAAACUAUUACAAGAGCUCAAAAAUCGCAACAUGUCCAUCGAAGAUAAUGAAUGGUACUUGUCAAUUCGUGAAAACGGAACCGUUCCCCAUGGAGGUUUUGGCAUGGGUAUGGAAAGACUAGUGGCAUUUCUUUCUGGAAUGGCCAGUAUCAAGGACGUUAUAGCGUUUCCCAGAACCCCGGGAUCAUGUUCCUGCUAG